AUGCGACGCAGGUACAUAGAAUCAGCAACUCCUUACCUCUGCAGCGUUCAUCCGUCGACCAUUGUUGACAUGCUUCACAUGAAGUGCUUGAAUACUGUUCUCGAUCAAGAGGAUAAGAAUACCACUCUGCCAUCUUGUCUUUCGGACUGGGGUGACAACAGUGAAACGACCACAACUAGCAUCGAUAAACUGCAACUCAAUAAAAUUCUCAUCUACUCUUACAACUACCUCAAGUUUGCGUCUAAAUCUGGGUUGUCAGCUGUUGCCUCGAAAGGCGGCUUGUCACCCCCUGAAACCAUUAGUCUGUUUUCAGAAUUUAAAUCAACGAAGAAGGUCAACAAAGUUAUUACUCAAAUAGCUAAAAUUUUUCAUCAUGAUUCGGAGCAGACAUCAAAAUUUAGAACAUUAUCUUUCAACCCUACUAAAUCACCGAAUAUUCCAAGCAAAAAUAAAAAGAAAACACUGAAGAAAGCCGGUGAAGUGACGUCAAUUUCCUUAUUUGCCAUUUGCUAUAACAAAGUUCAGCUGCAACUGUUGAAUACUACUGAGAUCAAAACUACCACCACCAUUCUUUUGUCUAAUGCCGAUUGUCCAAAAAAUAAAAAAUCUGCUCAAAUGGACCCAGCAGAUUUGAACAUAAUGAGCAUAGCAAGUAUUGGAAACAAAAUAGGCGUAGGAAGAAAGAAGGCACAAGAUGAUUACCGCAAGCUGAUUAAAAAGACAAAUACCAGUACAGUCAAAUGUAAAACAUUUUCUGAGGCUCGUAAAAGUAAUUCAGUAAUCCAAGUGGACAUUAAACAACUUCAUUUGCAGUUAAGGAGGUCUAAAAGCUUUUUGAGCAAUUUGACUGACCCAUAUUCUUUGACUGCCAUUCCACCAGCGUCAUCGAAAGUGUUUUUCAAAUUUGAAACCGAACUUCGUAAUUGCAGUUCACACAGUUUGUUCAACGAGAUUCCAUUUUCAUGGGAGCUUUAUCAAAUAGCUGAAGCGGUUGAAGAGUCACCAAAGAAAUGUUCAAAUGAUACUCAACAAAUUGAGAUAGGGGAUGUCAUCAAUUUGUUAAUGUUUGAAUGCGGUUUUGAAGACAUUAAAUUUACUUCUGCUACUAGAACUGGCUACAUGGAAAAAGCUAAGCUACAAACCACGCCUAAAGAUAGAUUCAAAUUUUUCCAGCUUGUUGAUAAAAAUCAACCUACCACGGCUACUUCAACUUCGUUUAUGAUGGAUGAUUCUUCUGUGCAAAAUACCAUUACAAAAAAUGCUUCGUGUUUUGGCGCACCAAAAGCUUUAUCAAAAAGUGCCAAACCACUUCAAAUGAAUGUUGAGGUUGUAAAUGAUAAAAAUGUUAAUGCGGGAAUCAAAUCUAGCAUAAUUUUAUUGGAAAAUAAGGCAGCAGAUAAAUCAAAUAACAAUACAAAUGGGGAGACUUCGAAGGAACGAGUUCUCUCUUUCUCAACUGUCGAAGAAAAUUUUGCACCUCCACAAACUCCAGCUGCUACUACAUCUACUGCUGCCAAUGAUGCAGAUAAAUUUAAAGAACCAAAUAGAGAUAAUCCAUUGAAUAACCAAGAGACUAAACUAACUAACAAAAAAUUAACCGGGGAUGCUUCUAGCUUUGGCCUCCAAAUAAAAACGGUUUGGUUCAAUUUUGCUGCUCCACCGGCAUCAUCGAAAGAAAUAAAAUACGCGGCAAACAAGCAUGAUUGGAACUUGUUAUCCACAGCUACUCCGUCCAUCAACGCAUGGAUGAAUCCUUGCCACAAAGCCAUCAAGUCAGCUCAGCUAAUGUUCAACCGGUUCAACAAACGCAUGCACUCAGUUAUGGCUUGCUUGAUGACUGGAGCUCUAGAUAUGCAGAACAUUCACCUUAUGCCCAAGAGCAAGUAUAAUAAAACUACCUGGGAGUCAAAAUUUCUGCAAGAUGAUCCCUCCUGCCAGUUGGUGACAGUCAUGCGAAAGUUCAUCCAUGCAAGUCACGUUGAAGACAUCGAGAAGUGUAUGGCUGAAGAUGUCAUUCCUCCAAAUGAAAUAUUAAAAAAUGGCAUCAUGAUCCUCAUCAGACAGUGGAAGAAUGUCCUCUACCUUCCGAUGUUUGAUGAAAACACCUACAAGGCCAAGAAGAAGGUCACAGUAACAUUUGCACUUCCCGUCAUGGAUGACAACGAAAAUGAGCAUGAACAAAUUUAUGAACACUUGAGGCAUGAAAGUGAUCAUCAUAAUUCAUCGACAAAUGCAGUUACAAUGGAAGAUAUGGAUGUUAAUUUGGACAAUGUGGACAUCAUAGACGAGAGCACAUCACUUCUCAAAGCGGAAGGUGGCUCUGUUCAAAAAGCUACACCUCAGUCGUUUUCGGAACGCCAUUUCAACCAGCAGCGUCAAUCUAAAGUGGGUUCUGGCUCACAUUCGGUGAGGGACGAGUUUAUUGAUGAUCACAGCAAGCAACAAAAUUUUACUAUAGUUGAAGGUUCCAGUUUGUUUCAUUCAGCUGAUUCCAUGACCCCUCUAAAGCAGAAACUAACAGACAAUGAUGUCAGUAAUUUGACAUUGAACUCUGGCUGCACGAGUGACCACAUACUUUUUACUAACAACAUCAAUGAAUCAAUGAACAACGUUCAUGCCCAGCAGCACACUUUCAGUGACGUUUUGUUUCUCCCUGCUUCCAACACCAAGAGUCAGCAAAAACGAGACUUGAAUGAGUGGAUGAACAAACAACACGAGUACAUAAACAAUCACAAUAUAUUUCAAUCUAAAGGUCAGGAGAGCAGCUUAAGAGGUCCAGAACAAAGAUAUCACUAUCAACAACAGUUGAAUAGGCAGAGAAUAGCGCAAGCAGAUCCGAAACAAAAUUAUUGGUCAUUUGGCACAAAAUUUACAAAAAAUACUGGUUCGAGUGAUGCAAGCAAAGAUGGCAGAGUUCACUAUCAAGCUAGUUCCACUUUUCAACUCAUUGAUGCCCAGGUGUUGUUCAAACCUUUGUUGGAAGCAAUGGGUUUGGGAAUGAAAGCAAUAAAGAUGUCGUCAGUGAUGGAAAAAUUUGGGGGAGAACUUUCAGUACUAGCUGAUUUGAAAGAAAUCAGAAUUGACAUAGUAGAUUCAGAAACGAUGAUCAGGUCGAAAACGUUGAAGAAACGUUUGAUAACAAAAUCUACUGGACUAAGAGUCAGACCAACGUUUUUGUGCAAAUCAUUUUGUAUCAACUUGUCCAUGGUAGAUGUUUUUGAUUUUGAAGAAAAUGAACAAGCAAACAAAGAGGAAGAUGAAAAAUUAAAAGAAGGUGGUGGAUUAGAAGUUGGAGACAGUGGAAGAAGCACGCAUUCUGCUAGAAAUUUCGACCACGAACCUGUACUUUUAAAAACAGUACAUUUGUUAAAAGAUACUGUUGAACAAAUUGAAGUGAAACCAACCACUACUAAGGUAAUUUUUGGUUUGACAAGUCAAUCGGUUAAUCAGCACGUUAAUAUGUCUUUGUUGAGAUUGGUCCAUCAGUUUGUCACCAUGGUGGAAAAUGUAGCUAAAACAAAAUCUGACCUUCAAAGGGACACACCUGAAACCUUCAGCACACCUCCAUCUGCUGGCAUAAAUGAGACGACUUCUCCAUUUUUCACUCUUAAUAAUCCUUCCAAAUCUCAAAAUACCGUUUUAGAUGCGCCUAAAUCUAAACCGUUCUUUCCUGGAGCUGAAUCGAAUGUCAAAAGGAAGCACAUUGAUAAGCAACUUGACAGUGUUGAAAAGGGAUACGGGGCAUAUGCAGGCUACGAGCAAGAAGACAUCAAUGUUUUGCCACAGUCGUUGAAACGACAACAGCAAUCCAAUGUUGCAGUUGUCACUAAUGUUGCUACUCCCGUGUUAGCAGGAAAUCAACACAAGGUUCUUUUUUCUGAUAUUAAAGAAAAUACUCCAAAAUGUUGGAAAACCAUGUACCACCUCAUUAAUCUAUACAACAACAUGCCCGAAAUGAUGAAAACAAUUGAAAGACCGGCUUUGUCAGUGGUAGAAGAUGAACAGAAAACAAAAAUUGCAGGCCAUGGAUCUCCUCCAAAGUAUGCAAGCAUAUCUGCAGUACUUAGUGGUCUCAAGUUGCAAGCUGAACUUCAAAACUCAACUGCGAGUUUCACGCAUAGAGAAAAAAUAAAAGGUGUAACAAAAAAGAAAUCAACAGAGUCGUCGGCGUUUGUAUCUACUGAUCAAACCACAGUGACUCUUCUUGAAGGAAUGCAAUCUUCCAUACAACAUUGCUUUGCACACCAUGGUAGUUCACAGCUCGAAAAGACUGUCCAACACGCUCCAGGAAUUCAUAAAAAUGCCCAGCAAACAUGCAAACGGCGCGAUGGUGUAAUUGUUAAGGUGCUCGGCAUUGUUUAUGCAGUGUCCGGGUUCGAAUGCAAAAAAAAGAUCCCCGCCUAUCACAUGCAAAAGUGUGUGACGCGUUGA